CCGAUCAAGCAAAAGAGCAUCGCCGUCAUUUCACCCAACAACAGUCACAACAAUAAAUCGCCGACCGUGUUGCGCAAACGGCAGCAGCAACACCACACCGACAUCUCCAAGUUUAAUCGAUCUAAUCGUAAGUCGAAAAAUUGUGCCGUUUUCUACUUCAAACACCUGGACACCGACAACGAGACGAACUGUAGCAGCUUUGGCGACGCCGCCGAUGCCGAUGCAAGUGGGGGCCAGCCCGACGGUCGGGACUUGUCGUCUUCGACUUCACAGACAAGCGAACAUCACUUGCUGAAAUCCGCUGACGCAUCAUCUGAUGACGACGGCGGCUGGUUGUAUUCGUCCGUCUUACCGCCGCCGCAAAGCAACGAGGUGACUGGCGAAUGGGCCACUGAAGCAAACGGCGACAAAAACAACAGCAGCAACAGCAACAGCAUAACCUGCAUAGUCAUCGAUGGAGUCCAGUCGUCGGCCGUGUCAUCCAGCACAGCAGUAACGACAACCACCGCGAGGACCAUUGCCAUUGUCAGUGACGACUCGGAUAAGGAGAACAAGGAAGCCCGCGCCGCAACACUAGUUGCGGCCGCACUCAUCGUCCCUCAAGUUUCAGAUAUCAACUCAUCGUCAUCGUCGCAAGGUGGCACACAACGCGCACACGCCGAAAUUCAGCUUACUGCUGCUGCACAACCAACAACAAAACUAGCAACAGCGUCGUCUGCAGCACAACAGUUUGUGGCCAAAAGCGGCGUCAUCAGUUGCGGCAGUGGCAGCAGCAGCAGCUACAGCACCAGAAGUAGCAGCUGCUCCUCCAACGAUUUGCUCACCGAGACAACGUCGGCCACCAACACUACGCAAAUCACACAAAUGCAUUUCCAACGCUUGCAUCGCACGGAGAUGGAAUUGCAAAUCGAUGGCAACUGUAACAAAUCCGAACAAAUGACGGAGGCGCGUGCAACCAGCGGUGGUGGUGGUGUAACCACCAACAAUUCCCAUAAUAACAACACAAAUCAUAAUAAUAAUAAUGAUGUUGAUAAUUGCAAAAGCAACAACAACCACAACAACAACAACAGAAACAAGGACAACAGUGCCAACUCUAACGCCAAUAAUAAUCAGCAGUAUGCUGCCGUUAUGAUGCACCAAAGGCAACAACAAUGGCCAUUGCUGCAACCACAGCAUUGCGAGCAAUUCGAUAUUUCCAAUGGAAAUGGACAAAAGCUUGAACUGCCGUAUUCGGUUCGUUGCCGCGCUAAACACGGUGUUCCUUCAACAAAUAAAACUCAAAAGAAACAUAAACAAACGCAGCAGUCGGAGGCCAGAAGAGGUCUAUUGCCUCCCCGCUCGCCAAAUAAGUCGACGAAGACGCCACAGUCGAAAGCGCGUGAAAGUGACGACGCCAGUGCAAUUAACGUCACAAAGGGUAAACUCUCGCAUGAAUCAAUCAAACAGCUGGUACUUGAGGCAGAGCAUUUAGUACGUGACGCCGAAGCGUUAAAGACGCCAAGCAAGCAGAAACAGAAGCAUUCCGUCAUCAAAUUAUCGUCAACGGUGAAAAAACGAGAGGUGAUCAUGCCAGGCCCGAUCAAACAACGUGUCCAAGAAUGGCUGGAGCACCAACCAUCAACGCCUACCCAAUUGCACAGAAAUCCUACAGAUGAGUUGCAUAGCAGCGCAAAUGCAAAAGCAGGCGAUGACUGUGAAGCUUCGGGAGAAGCUUCGGAGACAGACUCCGUUCCGCAACCUGGCUCGGAUACAUCCGAGGGGCUCACUGAUUCCAUAGCUACCUGCAUGCAGACGAGCACAAACUCCUUUGGUGGCAAUUCCACUGAAUGCUUCGGAGGUUCCACAGAACCUAUACUCAGUCCAACGACUGUACUGGGCUACGGAAGCAGUAAUCAGAGCUUGAACGUAAAGAUUGUUAAGCGGGCACAGACACGCCGCAAAUCGGAACGACCGUGGUCGGUGUCGUGUUUGUCGCAACUGACCACCGAGACAGUGCAAACGGCGACAGCUGUGGCGACAGUAAGCAACGUACAGACCGGCCUCGCCACUCACUCGAUUAGUGAGUCGGCGCUGGACUCUCUAUCGCCUGGCCGCCAACGCGCCUCCUCCUCGUCCACCACCAAUGUUACCCAAGUAAAAGCGUGCAAUAGUAAGGGUUCAUUGAAACGGCGCAAAACGCGCAAAAAGAAAAUGUCCAUUGGUGCGAAUAUUGGACUAGUUACACCAAACGCACAUUCUGCUGGCCACAAAACGCCUGACUCCGGGUCGGAGCACACCGCCGAGGUGCCACGCCUCGCCCAAACGCUGCUCAUGAAGUCGUGUGAAUCCAUGUCGGCUCAACAAAUUCGCGAGAUAACGAACGCGCUAUUGAGCCUGCAACGCGGUAGUGGCCCAAUGGCAAACGAGGGCGCCAUGGGCGGCAGUAGCGGUGCCACGCAACACUCAUUGGGACAGCCGCAGCAGCAGCAGUACGAAAUUCAGCAUCAGCAGCAGAACGAUAGUGGCGGGGAGGCUCAAUUAAUGAAGCCCAACUUCCGCGUGGGCUCCUAUACCACGGCGUACAUGCGCAACGAGAAACGGUUGGGCUCGUUAGCGGCUUUGGCCACAUACAUGAAUGACGAAGAAGAAGAGCAGCAAGGAGCUGCCACACCAGUGCCCCAGAAGCACCGAGAUUACACCACCGGCACUGACGAUCACCACAGCAGUUUCUCGGAAACGGCCUGGGACAACUAUCAAGAGAAAUAUAACUCGGAGAACUACUCUGAGGGAUUUGAUUCGGAUGCAGCCAGAAGGCUUAUGGAAUUCGGUGAUGAUUAUCGAAAUUUCAUCGAUUCGCAGUCAGACUGCUGUUCUUCGCUGUCAGCUGCCAACAACGUAGAUUCACUAUCGCCGCCACGUAUGGACUCGUUGCAACAAACGGACACGAAAACUAUCACACAAGACACAAUCGCCAACAGUGUAGACCAUGCCAGACGUCGCCGUGCACUUGACUUGGAAUACGAAAGAAGACGCAAAACAUUAGAGGUUCGUCGCAAAUCAUGCCAAGACUCAUCUGAGGUACAGAACGCACGCGGUUCGUCCAUGUCCUUGUCAGCUUCGGCCAAUGUUGUUACUCCCAAAGGUGGCAUUGAGAAAUUGAAUCAGCAACAGAAAUGCGACUCGGCCAGUCGCAAAUUGGAAUUUGGCAUGAGUCAUUCAGCGCAGUCCUUGCGUCGCACAUCGGAAAGUGACACAUCAACUCGUCGUCGUAAAGUGGAUGACCGUCGUCGCUCUUCCCGCAACGUGGAUAAAUGCAUCAAAGUGAUCCCGGCCACUUCCUCGUCCAGUUGUGAUGACUCUGACGAUGAAAAGGAAAUGCGCAAUUUACUGCAACAAAGCCGCAAUCGUUUGGAAGACACUGGCGCAUUGAAAAUACGCUGCCACCUUUUGCGCCCUGAGGACUACACGGAGAUCAUCAGCACUUGCCGUGACAAUAUACGUUGUCUGGAGGCCGUACUCCGUGGUCCGCCUGGCACGGUGCUCUCUGCACAGUGUGCCGGCCAGACUAAAGAUUUAUUAGCUGCUUGGGAGGACCUAUUGGGCUGGAGCGAAAAUGCUGCAUCCGCACGUAAAAUGCAAGAGGAGAUGAUCAUUCUCAAGCACGCGCUGAACAAGUUGGGCAACAAGAGUACAUUUGAACUAUUGGAUACAGAACCACAGAUCCAAGUCGCAAUUGAAGCUCUAAAGAGCGAAAAAACGGAGUUGCAAAAUUACCGCACAAAUAUGCUUCGCCUGAAUGCCAGCGUGCACAGUUGGCUAACGCGCCAGGAAAGACGCCUACAGAAUGUAUUAAUGGAGGAGGAAUUGAAAGCAGCUGCUGAAAAAGUGGCCAUUGAGCACGUAGAUGAACAAAACAAUUCAUUUGCCGCUGGAGGUGAUGUAACCGGAACGCUUAAAGAAAAUACCACAACUGUGGCAAUCGAUUUUGGCAACGGGGCAGCAAAUAACGCAAUCGUUGGCACCGCCACUAUGACCACUUCCAUUGGCACUAGUACCGCUGGUAAGGGUGCCAAAGUGUUGGAUAUACACACAUUAAUCAAUGCGGAAAAUGAAUUCCACAAACAUUUGAAGAACGAAGUGAGCGACAUGUACAGCGCCUGGGACGAUGCUGACGCAAGGAUAAAUACUCAACUGGAGACGCUAACGAAUUCACUGAUCGCUUGGCGGCAGUUGGAGAAUGGCUUGUAUGAGUUCCAGCAAGCGCUCGGCCAGGAUCGCGGCACAUUAAAGGGGCUCGAGGGUGCGUUGGACAAGGGCCAAGCCAGCCCAGUAGAGCUGGCGCAGAAUGUAAAGGUUGUCGCCAAACUACUUUCAGAGCGCGUAAAUGUUAGCCAAGAACAGCUUACUGCGGUACAGGAACAUCUGGAUCCCAACCAUAUCUUGCACAUUGCAAAAUUCACCGCUUCCAACGGCUCGCUUUCAGACUCAGGGAUUUCCGACGGUGGUGCCACUUCUGAUGGCGGGCUAUCGGAGCGUGAGCGUCGACUUGGUGUCUUGCGGCGUCUAGUAAAGCAGUUGGAGUUGGCUUUGGCCCCCGGCAGCGAAGCGAUGAAGUCCAUUGCAGUGCGUAUGGAGUCCGCCGAGGCAGAGCUCAAGAACUUGCAGAACACCUGUCGCGACUUAAUUGUGCGCACAGCAGCUACACAUCAAAAUAAGAAAGUCCAACAGCAGCUACAGCAAGCGGAAGCACAUCAACUUCAAGUACCUGGUGGAGAAGAAAUAGAUAGCAGUGUACGAAAUACUGCCGGUGAAAUAGUAAAGGCGAACGGACAUGCAGGUGGCAGGAGAAGCAGUGCCACGAAAGAGCAGGAAUGUGCUGCUAAAGAAAAUGCGUCUCCCCGAAGAAACGGACGUCGCAAGCAGAAUAAGAAUUCUAACGGAUCCAAUACAGAUGCCGACAACAGCAGUGCCUCCACAUCAGCUAACGCAUCGGCUUCGACUUGUAAAGUGGUGGGUGCCAAACUGGCUGCUGGUGCGCCAGACUCUGGCGACCCGGCAGACGAUCCAGAUCUUGAGUUCGACAUGGACGAAGCAGACGACAAGGAUGACGACAAGCAUCCUCAUAAUAGCUGGACUUGGCGCAUUGCCAAAGCAGCUGUGCCUGUGCAACUGGCCUUGAUCACCUUCCUGUGCGCCGCCUGCCUCAUGCAGCCCAAUUGCUGCGACAACCUCAACAACCUGUCAAUGAGUUUCACGCCUCAACUCCGUUAUAUUCGUGGUCCGCCACCAAUUUGAAUUGACUGCUAGCAGCACCUCAAAUGCUUCCGCAUGCGCCGCCAGCAGUGCAGACACACACCGUGGUAACGCAAAGUUCGCGUCAAGCAAAUCAACCACCAGAUAAACUGCAAAUAUGCAGAGUUAUAAGUAAGAGCUCUACGAUGCGAACGUGUAUCGAAGACGCGCGGUUGCCAAUAUGGUUGCUUUUAGGGGGAGUGUAGGAAUUAAUGUAACUAACUGAUAGCCGAUUAAUAUGUUUGCAUGUCCUAAUACACGCAUCAGAGGCGCAAGUUAAGGACUUAAGGAAUCGCUGAUGCAGAUGCCCGUGAAGCGCAGUAUUUUAACAUAUCAUGGAUAAAAGCCGAAUCAACUUCUCCUUUGGAGUUAAACAUCGCGCUGUCAACAGAGGUGCAUCGCAUAGUUGUUGAAAGAUAGGCAAACUAAAAGCGAUGACAAAACAUUUAUUUUUAUGGGGAUGGCAUUUUAUUUAUUUAGAUCGUAAAGGUAUAUUCAUUCGUUAAAUAGAAAAGGAAACUGCAAAAAAUGCAUUGGACAACGGUACAUUAAAAAACAAAAUGUAACCAAUGAUUCGCAAUUACGGAUUACGGUACAAAAUAGCACCAACACCAAUCACUCUAAGCUAUGUAUUGCGACUGAGAAAAGUAGUGGCACACACGCCCGGCAUAAUAAUUAUAUGGAGGACCUUGAGUUCUAUCGAACAUUGGUGAAUGAGUAUACUUAUAGUUGCAAGUACUACCGAUAACAGAAAAUAUCAACAAGGGAUUAGUUGUUGAUGUAGCAAAUACAGGAAUAGGAAUGAAAGUGGUUCGAAUUAUUGCAAUAACGAUUACUACGAAAGAACACACGCAAUUUCCCUAGAGACAAGCUCCGCAAUAUCUUUUGAUACGAAGCAAUGCGACACACAAAAGUAUAGCGAGAGAGCCAAAAUGAUAUCUUGUAUUCAGUUGGAUAAUAAAUAAAUCUCUGAAAAUUACAGAUUUGAUAAUAUUUUAUAUAUACAGCAGCGACUUUUUUGUUUCGAAAACACUAAAGUGCCUGGAAAUACAACGCCAAUAAAAUGGUUGAAAAAUGUUCAUCCAAUAAAUGUUCCUUAUGAAAUGAUUGAAAUUGACAGCAGAAAGCUAUGAAUGGGACUCCGUCCAUCUGGCAUGGAAGCUAUAUAACUACAUACAUACAUACAUAAAUAUUUUGAAUUGCCGGUCCGUCGAUGUCGGACAUUUUACUUUGGACGCCCAAUGCCCACAAAUUCAAGCUGUUUUUUUUUUUUUGCAGUAAUCGCUAAAAUUCCUUUUCUAUUAUAUUAAUAGGUGCAGCAACCGAAACUCGUUUUAGGUUAGUAGUUGAUUUGCAC